AAAUAUGAACACGUCUAUUUUGCAAAUGUCAAACUUUGACAAUUUGAUUUUCUUGAAAGAUUCCAAACGAGGAAAAGCUUAAAAAUGAUUGCAAGCUGUGCUACAAAAGGUUUAAACAUUCUUCGCACCGGCAUUAAAACAAUCACAACUUCAGCUGUGAGCAAGAGCGAUCAUCUCUUCGUUCAUCGCGAUACACCAGAGGAUAAUCCCGAUAUUGUUUUUGAAUUCACAGCAGACAACAAGAAGCGUGUAGAUGCUAUUCUCAGUAUCUAUCCCGAAGGCCACAAACGUGGUGCUAUGAUUCCAUUGCUCGACUUGGCACAGCGUCAACAUGGUUGGUUACCUAUUUCGGCAAUGCACAAAGUUGCUGAGAUUCUAGACUUGCCAAAUAUGCGUGUCUAUGAAGUAGCUACUUUUUACACUAUGUUUAUGAGACAGCCAACUGGGCAAUAUCAUCUACAAGUGUGCACAACAACACCUUGUUGGUUACGUGGUUCCGAUGAUAUUUUGAAUGUUUGCAAGCAAAAACUUGGUAUUAACCCUGGAGAAACCACAAAAGAUAGGAAAUUCACUCUAUCUGAGGUCGAAUGCUUAGGGGCUUGCGUUAAUGCACCAAUGCUUGCUGUUAAUGACGACUACUAUGAAGAUUUAACAGCAAAAGACAUGGAGAACAUCCUUGAAGACUGUAAAGCAGGAAGGAUUUCCAAACCAGGUCCAAGGAAUGGACGUUUUGCUUCAGAACCCAAAGGUUCCCUAACCUCACUUACAGAAGAACCCAAAGGUCCUGGUUUUGGACUUCAACCAGCCUUGGCUUGAAUAAAAUGAUUUAAAUCUAAUUAGUUAUUGCGUUAAAAUAAAAAAUGAAUACGUUUUGAACAUCAAAA